AUGUCAGAACGUUCUUCAUGCGACACAUACUCAUUGGGCGGGAGCUCAAUACAUCGCCACCCUAGUAUCGACUUACCGCCUGCUCUAUCGCUUCAUGAUAUUGAAGAAUAUGACGACACGCCCUUUUCUGAAUCGUUCUCUGCGAGCGGCUGGAUCGACGACACUGCGAGCAGGGUGGAUACAAGCUACAACAUUGAGGUACGGAAGCCUCCUUCAAUAGGAUUCUCUCGUUUACAGUGGGCGCAGCGUAUCACGGACAUCAAAGCAGUCGUACCAGAAUGGGACGAUGAAGAAGUAGACGAGAUCAUGGUCAUGUCACCCAAAGAAUACCACCCCCUUCCUACUAUACUGGAGGACGCCGACGAGCCGGGAAAUGGGACGGGGGUGUCGUUGACCAUAAAUGACUUUGAGAUCCUCAGCGGGCAUCCAAGCAACAUCUGCCGGCGCAGAAGUAAUGGCAAGGUGUUCGCUCUCAAGCGCGUUACUCGGCAGGCAGCGUCACCGCCUCGGCAUACCAUGAUAUUGGAGGCUGUGAACAGGUUAUAUGCGCCUUUUCUUGUCAAGAUGCAUUGGUCUUUUGCCGAUAAUGAUUCGUUGUGUAUGAUUCUCGAUAACGGGCAUGCAGGUGACCUGCUGACCUUCAUCUCCUCACGCAAGCUGUUCGACCCAAAUCAUGCGCAGUUAUAUGCAUGCGAGCUGGUUGAAGCGCUAAGCAGCCUCCUUUCUGCUGGCAUAAUCCAUCGAGCGUUAAGGCCUGAAAAUGUGGUGAUCGAUGCUGAGGGCCAUAUCAUGGUGACGGGGUUCGACGAUGCGGUAAUGCUCGGGGAGGACUCUGAUCUUACAUCACAUUAUUGCUGCUAUGAGUACAGGGCUCCGGAACUCUUACUGGGGUGGUCAUACGAUUUUGCGGUGGAUUGCUGGGGGUUCGGAGCGUUGUUCUACUUUAUCUUGCUUGGACAGCAUGCAUUCGGGAGGGAGAGGGACGCCAUUCAUGCGCCCGUCGUGGUCGAUUCGGCUUUGUUUGCGGCACCGACUUGUGAUCUUAUCCUCAAGUGUCUGGAAAGAAACCCUGCUCUCCGUCUUUCUAUUCAGGAGAUCAAAAUGCAUGAUUAUUUCGGCGACGUUGACUGGCUUCCUUUUGUCCCUCCAACUACUAAAAUGGUCCAGUCUACUCUUGCGGAGACCUGCUCACCGACUACUAGCACCUCUGUUCACUGUCAGGAUUCUCUUUCAUCUUGGUCUUCGUCUCGACCAGGCUCAACAAUAUCUGGUUUCUGCCUUGACGCUAGGAAUAGUGUGCAAGAUCUGCUUCCGCCUAUAUUUCGUACCUCUCCUUCGACGGACAAGCUUUUAGACACGAGCACUGUUACAUACCAAGAUCAAGUUUCUCGACCACAAAGUUCCUAUGUCUCGCCUUCCAACACGCCAAGUCCUCAAGAACGCAUGGCUCUCUUUUGGCAAUCUCUAGACGAAGAAUCGAACUCUGGAUCGCUUUCUAGGAAACUUCGCCGCCAACGGUCCUUCCCCAUCAUCAGUUCGCAACGGUUUUCUCUCCUUCCUCCACUUAUGUCAGUGCAGAAUAAGCUUCGCAAAAAGCGCUCGCAGAUGUCAAUCCGAAAGACCUAUCAGGAACCGCUGGAUCUCCCUGCUGGUAUCGAGCAAAUCGGUGAAGGGAUUGGAUUUACGUAUACGCUGCCAGCUGCUGUGGUGUCGAAGGCGUCGAUAUGCUCCACGGCGCCGAAGAGCUGUCAUGCUGGGCUUGGUCUGGGUAUCGGUGGAUUAUUGCGUGGUACGGGAACGAGAAUGAGUGAACAAGACGUAGCGGAACGAGGCUCUGGAAGUUUGGAAGUCCCGCUGAUGUCGUGGCACUCGCCGAUGUCAGACUCUGAUGCUGGUUUGCUCACUCCGCCUCCUCCAGAGGAGUUGUUCAAAGAGGUUGGGAUUGGGAUGAAGAAUAUGUCGUCUUUCCAGACUUUGCGAUUGGUUUCUCCUUCGAAUAGUUUUGUUUCUUUGGGUUCGCAUCCGUUUUGUCAUGAUGUGGAUGUCUGA